AUGGACACGAGUCGCGUGCAGCCCAUCAAGCUCGCUAGGGUAACCGAAGUGCUGGGCAGGACGGGUUCGCAGGGACAGUGCACGCAGGUGCGUGUGGAGUUUAUGGAUGACACCAGCCGCUCCAUCAUCCGAAACGUCAAAGGUCCCGUUCGAGAGGGAGAUGUGCUCACCCUAUUGGAGUCAGAAAGAGAGGGUCGGAGGUUGCGCUGA